AUGGGCUUCUUUUCUCGAAAGGACAAGGCCCCCAAGGGUAACUCAUCCAUUCUAGCUUCUCAGUCAACAACCAGCGUUGCCUCUGGAAACUCACGAGGCAUCGGAAACCGCACCUCAGCCGGAAGUUUCACGUCAGCAGGCACACCGCUAUCACCAAUGUCGCCGAUCAAGUUGCCCAAAGUCGAUCUUCCUCGACCCCCGGAUCCUCAGUUGGACCCUGUCGGAUACCUCCGCAGCUUAGGUGCCGUGAGGGAGAGGAGCAAGAUUAUCAUGGACAAGGCGACGCGCAACGAACUCAAUCACUUUGAUGUUGAUCUCGCCAAGUUGCCCAAUGUCGUCACCUUUGUUUCUGGCCUAAUCAAGCGGGACUACGAGGCACCUUUUAACACUAUACCCGGGCAUGGACGAUAUCAGCAUUUUUGCGUCGGCGAUCGUGAUCGCGUUAAGGAGUUGCUCGAUUCCUGGCCAGAGUCUGUUGACAGCACCGAGCGUUGUCGUCGACUGAUUGACCUGUUCUUGGUCAGCGUACUGUUGGAUGCUGGUGCCGGUACUCAGUGGAGCUACAAGAGCACGGAGAAUGGGAAGAUUUAUCGACGCUCCGAAGGGUUGGCCGUCGCCAGCUUAGAAAUGUUCAAAGAGGGUCUCUUCUCCGGAAAUGCAAGCAACAAGUUCCAAGUCGACAAAGAUGGACUCAAAGCCUUGACUGUGGAAAAGCUUGAAGCAGGGCUUCAAUCUCGCCCCGGGGCCGAACUGGCUGGCCUAAAGGGUCGCACCGAGCUCCUCAUCCGGCUUGCCGGCGCUCUCAGUGAUAAGACUGAGUACUUUGGUGCAGAUGGCAGACCUGGUAAUAUGAUCGGUAUGGAACAAGCGCUGCAUGGUUUAAAAGCGUAUUUCUCUGACAAUGGCGUUUUAGACCACCUGCUUUCACACCCUUCAACACAGGCGUCUUCCAUGUUAAUUGUGCCGUUGCCGGUCCUAUGGAACGUCUUAAUGAAUGGUUUAGCUCCUAUCUGGCCCCCAUCACGAACAGCCUUAAAUGGCGUAUCCCUUGGAGAUGCAUGGCCUUGCCAAGCUAUGCCCAAUCCUGGUGCCGCAUCCUGGGAAUCGAUCUUGCCGUUCCACAAGCUCACCCAAUGGCUCACAUACUCUCUCAUGCAGCCAAUGCAAUCGCUCCUGAACAUGCACUUCGCUGGUACUGAAUUACUUACUGGUUUGCCAGAGUACCGUAACGGCGGGCUGUUUGUAGAUGUUGGUGUACUGAAUUUGAAGAAGGAUGACAUGGAGCGCGGUCUCCAGAAUUACGCCGAUUAUUGCCGCCGGACUGGCCAUGACGGGGUGGAGGUAGCCCCCAUGUUUGAGCCUAGCGACGAUGUCGUGGUUGAAUGGCGUGGCGCAACAGUCGGUCUGCUUGAUUUGCUCUGUGCAGAAGUCAAUAAGCAUCUCAAAAAUGAACUUGCUGGUAAUGAGAUGACUCUGCCCCAGCUCCUGGAAGCGGGAAGUUGGAAGGGAGGCCGCGAAAUCGCCGAGAUCAACCGGCCAAACACCAAGGAGCCGCCAAUCCUGAUUGACAGUGACGGAACCGUAUUCUAA